AGCAAAGAAAACAGGACGGAACAGAACAUGAGAGGAGCUUGGGAGGGAGAAAGUAAAGAAUGACGUUGGAUUGGAACGGAUGCUCUGCUCACUCAGGUGGGCUUCCCCCUUUCACUUCUCCUUCUCUCUCUAUUAAGUUAGCCGUUUUCUUCAUCUUUAGCUUCUUUCUCCUCUCCUUCACUAAAACAACCUAAAGCAGAAAACUUUGAUGCCAUUACUACUUUCCCUCCUCUUCCAUUCUCCUCUCUCUCCUUUUCCAAUAUAGAUACAUUACCCGCAUUUCCCUUUCACUCUAUCUUUACAGGGAUAGAGAGACUCAGAAAACCCCAGAAGAGAAAAGGAAGGUCUUGACUGCCUCCUUUGAUCAUUAUUAGACAGAUAGAGACAUAGCAGCAGGGGGGAGUUGUUGGGAGAAAAGAUAAAGAAAAGAAAAGAAAAGAAAAAGCUUUGAAUUUGAGAGGAGAAGAAAAGUUUGGCUCAUUGCUGUUGGAAUUUUUUGGGGGAAUGGGAUCUUCAUCAGGGCAAGGUUCAGGUGGUGGGUAUGAUCUAUCCUUCAAGAUCCUAUUGAUUGGAGAUUCUGGUGUGGGUAAAAGCAGCCUUCUUGUCAGCUUCAUUUCCAGCUCUGUUGAGGAUCUUGCUCCCACCAUUGGUGUGGACUUUAAGAUCAAGCAACUGACUGUAGCAGGGAAGAGAUUGAAGCUCACAAUUUGGGAUACUGCUGGGCAGGAGAGGUUCAGGACUCUAACCAGCUCUUACUACAGAAAUGCCCAAGGAAUCAUUCUUGCAACUUCUAACAACCAUGCUGCAGUUUACGACGUGACUCGGAGAGAGACAUUCACAAACCUCUCAGAUGUGUGGGCUAAAGAAGUCGAGCUUUACUGCUCAAAUCAGGAUUGUGUCAAGAUGCUGGUUGGAAACAAAGUUGACAAAGAUUCUGAAAGGGCUGUAACCAGAGAAGAAGGCAUGGAGCUUGCCAAAGAACAUGGGUGCUUGUUCCUUGAAUGCAGUGCUAAAACUAGAGAGAAUGUCGAGCAAUGCUUUGAGGAGCUCGCAAUGAAGAUAAUGGAGGUUCCUAGUCUCUUGGAGGUAGGAGCUACAGCAGGAAAGAGGAACAUUCUGAAGCAGAAAUCAGAUCAACAAAGUCCUCAAAGCGGCGGCUGUUGCACUUGAUGAUGAUGACGAUUGAUGGAUUUAUGUAUGAUGGGUCUGUUGUUUGUUUGUUGUUGAAUGUUUGACUCACUGUGACCCAAAAUCCAUCAAACUGAUUAAUGUAUAUGAGAUCAGGCAUUGCUGUCUUUAUUUCUUUCUCUGUUUGUGAUCUCAAGGGUGCCUUUUGGAGAGUUUCCGAUUAGUUUGUGCCAUUGCCAAAAAGGAGGUUAGAGAGUGCACCAAGAGUGACAUAUACUAGAUUGUGUACAUUUGGUUGGUGAGUUCCACUUCUUGGUCAAUGCAUUCCAUUGAUUCAGUUAAUCCAUGUGCCAUGUUUCUUCCAGUUGAGUGGCCAUGGAACUCCCAUGAAUCAUGAGCUUCCUAGGACUUGCUACAAGCAUGUUAAGUGGAUGGUGGGCAACAACUAAAUUGCACAUUGGUGUCCCACCCCAUCUCAAGAAAGACAGCAUGUCUGCAGAAUCAUGGAUGAAUGGGACUCUAAUGAAGCUCA